AGUCACCAUAAUCUCACAUCUCAAACCUCUUCAACAGAAAAAAAAAAAUCUCCUGCCCCCUCCGCCACCAUCACCAGCUAUGGGCUUUCCAUCUCCACCAUCACCAGAAAAAGCCCCAGCGACCACUCUGCUCGGUAAAUACGAACUUGGUCGCCGAUUAGGCAGUGGUAGCUUCGCCAAAGUCCACGUGGCUCGUUCCAUCGAAACCAACGAACUGGUAGCCGUUAAAAUCAUCGACAAGAAGAAAACCGCGGAUGCGGGUAUGGAACCGAGGAUCAUCCGCGAAAUCGAAGCCAUGCGUCGCUUACACCACCAUCCAAACAUCCUCAAAAUCCACGAAGUCAUGGCAACCAAAACCAAAAUCUAUCUCGUCAUGGAGCUCGCUGCGGGCGGGGAGCUUUUCACCAAACUCCACCGUUCCGGCCGCCUCCACGAAUCAUCCGCGCGUAGCUACUUCCAGCAGCUAGCCUCCGCGCUAACCUUCUGCCACCGAGAGGGGAUCGCUCACCGCGACGUGAAGCCGCAGAAUCUCCUCCUCGAUAAGCAAGGAAACCUCAAGGUCUCGGACUUCGGGUUAUCAGCUCUCCCCGAGCACCGGAGCAACACCGGGUUGCUCCACACGUCGUGCGGCACGCCGGCUUACACGGCUCCAGAGGUGAUCGCUCAGAAAUCGUAUGAUGGCGGGAAGGCGGAUUCGUGGUCUUGUGGUGUCUUCCUCUUUGUUAUUCUCGCGGGUUACGUUCCUUUUGAGGAUUCAAAUGUUGUCACCAUGUAUAGGAAGAUCCAGCGGAGGGACUACAAGUUCCCGAGCUGGAUCUCGAAACCGGUACGAUCUAUUAUCUACAAGUUGCUCGACCCGAAUCCGGAGACUAGGAUGAGUAUCGAAGAUGUAACUGAGACCAAAUGGUUCAAGAAAGGCCAAGAAACGGUCAAGUUCCAGUCCAGCGUAUUCGAGCGGGAUGAUAGAUUGGGGAAGAUGAGAAGUGAUACUAUUACAGCGUUUGAUUUGAUCUCGUUAUCAGCGGGGUUGGAUCUCUCGGGGCUUUUCGAGAGGAGGAAGAGGAAGGAGACGAGGUUUACGGCGAAGGUUUCGGCGGAAAGAGUGGUGGAGAAGGCGAAGACUGUAGGGGAGAAGUUGGGGUAUAGAGUGGAGAAGAAGAAGGAGGCGAGGGUUGUGGGGAUGGGAAAAGGAAGAGUGAUGGUGAUGGUUGAGGCGGUGGAGCUGGUGGAAGGUUUGGUUGUGGCGGAGAUGAAGGUGGUGGAAGGUGAAGAGGAAGAGGAGGAAUCUUAUUGGUCGGAGCUAAUUUUAGAGUUUGAGGAGAUUGUGCUUUCAUGGCAUAGUGACGUAUGUGUAAAAGUUGAAAGUGACUUAGCUUAACUUUUUUUUUUUUGCUCACCAACUUAGCUUAACUUCCAAAAUUCAAUUAUGUAAAAUACAAUUUGGUGUAAUGCAUUAAAGAUUAGUUAAUUAUAAGAGCUUCCAA